AAGCCUACACGUAAACCAUGAACAAACGCGUGCACAGUGUUUGACCUUCUGCAUUUGUAAUACACUUCCUUGUAGGUAUUUAACCUAUUUUUUGACACUUCAACUCACUAAUGAGCGGCGACUUUCUAAUUGAUUUCAGCUGUUGUUUUUAUUUCUAACGCACAGUCAUUGUUAGUACGUUAAACGAUGUAAUCCUAUGUUCAGGGGAUUUUAUUUUGUCUUCACAUAUGUUAAAAAUGAACGCGUAUUUUCUGAUUAGACUGUGCAUUAUAUUUCGACUGUCGAGUUUGCAAGUGCUCGGAAUUUCUAAGCUUUAUGGGUCUAGACGUAAAGCAGAUAUCCAGCCAAAAGAUGCCGUGGUAUUUUACGGGGAAAUUCUCAGGCUGAAGUGCACUUUGAGUAAGGGAAACAAUGGCACUUCUACUUCAGAAAUGUAUUUCGAAUUCUUUGCUUCGGGGACUAAUUGGACCAUCAAAGAAAAUUUAAACGUUUCACCCACAUCCAUUGAAGUUGAUGUCAAUAUAACUGAAGCCUUUGCCACAAACACCAGAGUAAAUUGUCGUGGACCAACAACAACCUUAACAACGUUCAUUCAUGCAUACGGUCCUAUACAGAAUGUUACAGAUUUUAAGGGAAUUUAUUAUUACAAAGACAAAAUCAACGUGACUUGGAACCUAACACAGACUUAUCUGAACCCUGAUGUAAAAGUGUAUUGCGCUCCUAGUUCUGCACCUACGCUAAAUUAUAGCCUACCAUGCAACUCGGAAACUAAUGAAUCCUGUAUAAUAGAGGAAGAUAGUUACUUUGGACAACCACUUCUUUUCUUUAAGAUAACUGUCAGUUUAACACAUAUUAAUAAAAGGAACACAAGUUCUCUUGUUUUAGAACUACCUACCAGUGCCACUUCAAUUCAUAAGUUUAUAGUAGAUUAUAACAUCAAAUCUGGCCCCACAGAAGACUUAGCCAUAACCCAUAAGACGAGCACAUGUCUCAACUUUACCUGGAGAAAUCCUGUGUAUUUUGAUCACUGCACUGGUUGUUCCAAGUUUUACCAAGUUGAGUUUAAGAGUGAGGACAGCUGGAUGAGAGAAAACUCCACCACCCUGGCACCAUACCCACAAGCAAACUCCUCUAUUGCACUGUGUCACCUGAAACCCUUCACUACAUACACAUUAAGAUUUCAAGUCAAAGGGCAGAUUCAACAGCCAUGGAGUGAUUGGACCUACAUCACUGGAUCUACAAAUGAAGACAGACCUUUGUAUGGCCCUAACUUGACAGAAACCAGCUUUUAUGAGGAGAAAUGUACAGAUUUAAAUGAAAGAAAAGUCUACAUUUAUUGGCAGGAACCAACUGCUAGCUUACUACAAGGUGUCUUAACUUACUAUGAAGUAGAGAUUAAUAAUGCAACAGAUCUGUUGAGAAAAGGAUCCAACUACUAUAUAGCAGACCUUAACUGUGAAACUGAUUACAAUAUAUCUAUAUAUGCAGCUACCAAAGUUGGCAAAUCUCUACAGCCAUCAUCCAUUUUCAUACCUGCUCAUAGUAAAGGUACGUUCACUUUAUCAGAUUCUCACUUAGGUUACAAGAAAACCCUAUCUAAAGUAAAAUCUCUUGCAGCAGUGAUAAAAGACUUGCAGUUUAAAGUAGAGGAGAAAUUUGACAUUCAACUCUCCAGCACUGUAAAGAAUAUUUCAGCCACAUGGGACACAAGCAGUGCAGAUCAAUUUGAAGUCCUGGAAUUUUACUAUUGUGAGGAGUACUAUAUAACAAACACUUGUUUUGAUGACCUCAAAACUGUGGCUGUGAAUUUUAGUUCUGGUUCUCUCGAACUCCUAAACAUGAACAUAAAAAUAAACUUGUUUGGCUAUGCACUAAAAUACCAAGAUAAAAGUGUUGAGGGAAUUCACUGGACUGAUUGUGUUUACCGUGCUGAUGUUGAGCCUAAAGCCCCUUCAGGAUUCCAAGUGAACCCAGGAGAUGUGGGUUCACUGACCUUGACAUGGAGAUCAGAGCCCUGUAGUAAAGACACUAAGACCCUCAUUCUCUACUAUCACAUCAGUAUUUGCUCUAGGCCUGAGUUCAAUGCGGAAUCAUGCACUAGGGCAACUGUAAACAGCUACACUACCAACUUUACAGCCUAUGACCUUGAAGAUAACCAGCAGUACACAGUUUACAUCUGGGCCCAAUCUCAUCUCAGAACAGGGCCAAAACUUAGCAGCACAGCCACAACUAGAAAGAAUGAAAAAAGAGCGAUAACCAAGAUUUUCUCAACUGCAAUGUUUGUUUGUAUCUUUGGAUUCAGCUUUGUUUGUAUUUUAGCCUUGACAUACAUUAAAUGUUUCCAGUCUAAGAAGCACAUUAUGACCUUGACAGAGGCAGAGUGGAUACCCUCAUCAAAUGAUCAGUGGUUGACUGAUGUUUACUCUGAAGAUCAGGCAAUUGUGUCUACACAGUUAGAGAACCAAGCAAUUGUGUCUACACAUUUAGAGGAGCAAGCAAUGGUGUCUACACAGCUAGACGAGCAAGCAAAUCUGUCUACACAUUUGGAAAAACAUGCAAUAAUGUCAACACAAUCAGAAAUUGAACCAAUUGUGUAUACAUUAAUACAACACCAAGCAAUUGUUUCCGCACAAUUAGAAAACCAUGCAAUAACGUCAACACAUUUAGAAAACCAUGAAAUUGUGUAUACACAAUUGAGAAAUCCAGCAGCUUUGUCUACACAAUUAGACAACCAAAUGACUGUGUCAGCUGAGUUUGAAAAUAAAAAAACAACACCAGUACUGAUUAAUGUUGAGGAAAACAUAACAAAACCAGCAGAGUAUGUCAAUAAGGACAUUGUAGACCAAACAGUGGCAGAUGAAACAGUGAAACAACCCAAACCCUCAAGUCAUGCCUGUGACCCAGGGGGUGACUCUAACCAUCUAAAUUAUCUUAACAACUCUGAAGGGGUGAACAGGCAAGUAAAAGAAUAUAUAAGAAUGGCUCACCAUGGUGACACAAAUCUGGCAACAAUAGAUCUGCAACUUUUUAGUCCAAGAAUGACAACUUUCAGCUUUGAUAUGUCUAGGCAUCCAUUACAUGAAGUUGAUGUGUUUUAUAUCAAAGAGGAUAUCAGGCAUAAAAAUUUCAGAUAUGUUAGCAGAAAUGUUACCAACAGAGAAAAUCGUGACAUGGCUCAGAUACAAACUGAGCAAGAAGAAGAAAUAAAUUCUGGGCAGUCAGUUCCAGUAUAUGUUAGUAUAAACUCUACUUCACCUGACAUGGAUGCUUUUUGUAACAGGAACAAUAGACUACAUCUGAUUUCAGACCAGUUUAGUCUUACUUCAAAAACUGAUCGGCCAGUUUUGGAAUAUGUUAGUGCAAACUUUGAUAUGACUGAAACUAAUGUGUGUUGUAGCAAAACUAAUGGACUACAUAAGGUUUCAGACAAAUGUGAUCUUCAUUCAUUGGAGAGUGAUGUAAGCACAUCAGCACAGAGUGACUCCUACACAACAGUCAGCAGUGUGGAGGAGUUUGAUUCUCUGCCAGAAGACGACAAAGGACCAGACCCACAGCAUCGUUUUACAACAGAAGACACUUUCAACCCAAAUACUUCCUCACAUGUCAUAGAUAAUGAAGGGCUAGACAGAUUGCGUAGUUUUAAAACAGAGGACACACUCAACCCAAAUACUUCCUUACAUGUAAUAGAUAAUGAAGGAACGGACUCACUGCAUGAUUUUAAAACAGAAGAUGUUUUCAACUUAAAUACUUCCUCACAUGUUAUAGAUAAUGAAGGGCUAGACAGAUUAAGUGAUUUCAAAACAGGGGACACAUUCAACUCAAAUACUUCCUCCUAUGUCAUAGAUAAUGAAGAACCGGACCCACUGCAUAAUUUUAAAACAGAAGAUGUAUUCAACUCAAAUACUUGCUCACACAUAAUGGAAAAUUUCCCUCCUUCCAGUGAGGUGAACUCAAAUUUGAACUGGUACUACAGACUGAAUCUUCUGAGACAUGUGCUGGAAGAUUGCUAGGGUCGGAGCAGAGGCGUAGUGAACUAUUCCGGGGCCUGGGGCAGACUAUCAAUUUCUCGCCCCCCUCCCUCCCAUUUCUAUAUAUAGUUAUUCCUGUCAGGGAAAAAGUGUCCCCCAACCCCCAGUUGGAAAGGUUUGUGGCACUUCUUACCAGUAACUAUCCCUUAACAUUUUCUAUUUUGGUGCUACAAAAUUUAUAUAGAAAACAGUGUGUAAAGCCAUGUAAUCAUUUAUUUUCGUAACUUUGACUGUGUAUAAUUCAAUACCAGCUUAAAAUGAGCUUUUAAAUUAAUUCAUCUACUGCUUUUGGUGCCCCCUUAGGGUUGGCGCCUGGGGCGGCCGCCACACCCACCCUCCCCUAGCUACACCAAUGGGUUAGGGUCAACUAUUUUUUUUUUAUAGUUGUGCAUGUAAUUUUCAAUAACACUAAGUCAUAAUGUAUUAAGCAUGUUACUUUAAUUUUGACUCCCAUCAGCCCUUAUGGGUGUUAAUAGUGAUUUAUGUCAAUUGAAGUAUGUUGAAAUUAUUGCAUGACAUUUGCAUGCUAAUU